AACAAUCCGACCUACAACGCCUCUGAACCCUCAACAACACCCGCGAAUGGCACAGGUUGAUUGGGAACGCUGAUGGUACCGCGAUUAAUAAAUUAUGUCCCGUAAUCGAUAUGGGGGUCUUGGGGAUGAUCCUUAUGCCAGUAGCAACGGAGCAUAUGGAUCUCAAGCUUCAGAGAGAGACGAUUACGAUCCUUACGGGACGACGUACGGCGACCGAUAUGAAGCCGCUCCAGUAUCGGCACUGACGACGCCUGCAGCGAAGCCGGCUCACCCUGCGGGCACACGCGCAAGGGGAGAAAGCGUCGCAGAACGGGCGAUAGGUGAUGUGUUAGGCCUGAUCCAGGCAGAAUGGCCGGUGAUGUGCAAAAGCGACUGCGUACCUGUCCAUGUUGCUCUACAGCUGCUCGACACGAGUUCUGUUGGACGGGCGCACGAGUAUCAGCGGUGGGAUCAAUUGCACAAGUACCUGCAGGAUUCCCUCAAGGCCGUCGUCCAUGAGCACCACCAAGGCUUCAAUAGCGCGAUCGGUACAUUCCACAAGAUACAAUCGAGUAUACAAACUUCACAAAGGCGGGUUCGGAUGUUGAAGGACUCGUUGACGCAGUCUAAAUCGAGUCUGGGAACUACAGAUCCGGAAUUGCGCAAAUUGGCGUCUGCGUCACAAAACUACGACGAUUUACUACAUGUCCUAGCGGAAAUCGAGGAUCUGCGGCUGGUCCCUGAUCAAUUGGAGGCGCGGAUAUCAGAGAAGAUGUUUCUGACGGCUGUGGAUAUAUUACAAAAUGCGUUGCGGCGGAUACGGGCUCCAGCACUAGACAACAUAGGUGCGCUAAGUGAACUUCGGAGCUACCUUGCGAAUCAAGAGGCCGCCUUGACGGAUAUCCUGAUUGAGGAGCUUCACGAUCACUUGUAUCUCAAGUCGCCAUAUUGCCAAGAACGAUGGCAGAUGCUUGCCAAAGCUCAAAGUGGAGUGGCCAAAGAUAAUCUUGACCAAGCCAACCAAAUCAGGCCAUUUUAUGAGGUUUUAGAUGCGAUUGAGCUCUCCGAAACUAUGGUGGAAGACCCCUCGAGGAACCCUGAGGCAGAUACAUUCUACUACAUCGGGCUGCUAGUGGAAUCUCUGAAUAAGCUUGAUCGUCUCGAGAUAGCGGUGAACACCAUCAAACAGAGGCUACCGGUUGAGCUAUUCGGCAUUGUCAGUGAGACCAAUGCUGAAGUUGAUCAGAAGCAUCCAAGCUCUUUACGAGGUGGUAUCUCAGGCUCCCAAGGAAACCAAGCUUUUGGCAAGGAGAACGGGAUCCGUGCCGAUGUGAUAUAUGACCUUCUCUGGACACUAUACGCAAAAUUCGAGGCUAUUGCUGAAAGUCAUCGUGUGUUCCAUGACGUAGUAAAAUCGAUCCUAAAGCGGGAGGGUGCAAGAGAUUCGUCCAUGUUGCUUGGAAGUUUCAGAGAGCUCUGGAACCUAUACCAGAAUGAGAUUCGAUCCCUGCUGCACAAUUAUGUUACGACCGAUGCCGAUAUCUACCAAUUCACUUCUACCCCUCGACUGGGCCUUGCGAAACUGGACUCAAAGCGUGAACAGCUCUUCCAUUUUUCAGAUGCAGACUCAAAAUCCACCCAGAUGGCCAAAGAAUAUCAAGCUGUGGAGGAGAUAAUUACGUCCGCGGUUCCUGGUCUCAUAUCAGGUUCUCGGAAACAAGGAGCCGAUGGCAAGAAGCCAUCUGUCCAGAGGGGCGAUAGCACAAUUGGGUCACGACGUAUGGCAAAUACAUCUUCUUCAGCUACCAGAUCGGACUUUGUCGCUGCGCACAAGUCACUGGUAGAGCCGAGUGUUUUCAAUAUGAGUAUAUUACUACCCCCGACGUUGGGAUUUCUGCAAAGGCUCAAGAUGAUUGUUCCUCCCGGAUCAGAUCUUGUCACUAGCACACUCACUUCUUUCCUUGAUAACUUCUUGGUGAACGUUUUCCUGCCGCAGCUCGACGAGACGUUAGGGAAGCUCAGUGACUCAGUCUUCGAAGAUACUGAUGCUUUCCAACAAGAUUCACAGUGGAUCAGGGUUGCACGCCGGCCCGUUUUCAAGGGUACAACGGCCUUCUUCUCCUUGAUUACCGCAUUCUGUAAGAUGCUUGAUACGAUUCCCCAUGAUCAAGCCCUCAGUCAGCUCAUCAUUACCCAAAUGAUGAGAUAUUAUGAUCGCUGCUGUGACUGGUUUAGGUCACUAGUCUCUCGCGUUGAAGAUUCAGGCGCUCCCACACUCAAGCUCUCUGCAUCACUUGCCACUGGUCCAGGCGAGAUACAUGAUACCUUGCAGAAACUGUGGACUUCUGAAGGAGAUGAUCGUCUCCAACUUGAGAAGGAAACUGGUCUGUUAAUUCUACAGACAAAUGAGAACCCCCUGCGCUUCGAUGAUAUUAUUAUGGAUCGUGAAACGAUCUCGUCUCUGUGUGUGCUCUACACCAGUAUGAAAUGGCUUGCGAUCAAAAUUGGUGAGCUCCGCCACAUCACCCGCAAUGAUGUCGACUCUUCCCGGGCCUCGAUGCCAAGACCGCAGACUAGACGGUGGACACUUUUCAAUGAUGUUUCGAGAGUGCAAGAUGAGCAGCAUCCGGUGUAUCUCCCCAUGACCCAAGAGACUGUAGUUGCCUUUGAUUCAAUAGUCUCCUCGUACCAAGAACUCGCUGGAACAGUUCUCCUUACACUGCACAUGGAAGUGAGAUGCCAAAUUAUCCACUCGCUAUCAAUUGCACUAUCACCAGACUCAUCCCGUUACGUCCUCGAACAAGCCGUUAGCGACCCAGAUCCUGCGAUACUCAGCCUGAACGCUGAUCUUGUCUCUUACGAUGAGACGAUUGUUGGCUUUCUUCGUGACAAGGAGGUUUCCUUCAUUCACACAGGUCUUGGACUUCUAAUUGAUAGCUUCCUCGUCACCAAUGCAGGGAUGGUGAAGGUCAUGAAUACAAACGGUUGUAGGAGAAUGCAAUUGAACAUCCUCGUCUUGCAGCAGAAUCUCAAGAAUAUCGAAGCAGAUGUAAGCUUAGACCGAGCGGCUAAGUUCUUCGGCCUUUUCAUCGAGGGCCCGGAUGCUAUUGUCAAGAGGGCUAAAGAAGAGAAGGAGAGUGGUAAUGCAGGGAAGGAGAUGUUUAGCUAUGAUGAGCUGAAGACCCUGGUGGAGCUCUGCUACAGCGAGCAGCUUUCUAGUCCGGAGAGGGGGAUCAGUACGGUGGCUAGAAGAGGCAUGGGAGAUCAUGUCCUCCAACUGAGCGAGUAUAUGUGGCAGAGCUAGACGCGUGGGGUGUGUUCAUGUAGGAUUUUGUGCAUUUGGCGAGGAGUCUGGUGACAUUGGAUGUAAAGGACGACGACGGGCGCCUAGGUUCUGGAAUUCUAUGUACAAAGGCAUCCCAUCCAUUGUCCUUGGCAGGAGGGGGAUGGAUCUAUAUGCGAUAUUCCCAAUGAAGCAAUAUCCCUCCC